UUUGUUUUUAAAAAAAUCAUUUUCUCAGCUAAUCGAACUCCCCACUUUGCUCUGAGGAGUAUUCCAUUGAUUGAAGCACAAAUCGGAGUUCGGACACUCCCGAAGCCAUGUCUACCAUUGCUGCCAAGGUCGCUGUAAUCGGAGCUGGAAUUUCCGGGUCAGUUUGUGCAUCUACAUUAGCCAAGAAUGGAAUAUCUGUCACCCUUUUCGAGUCAGCUAGAGGCCCAGGUGGUCGAAUGUCUCAAAGGAGAGAAACUACCGAAGAUGGGAGGGAGUUGUUUUUUGAUCAUGGUGCUCCUUACUUCUCUCCUACCAAUCCUGAUGUACUUAGCCUUGUUCAUGAUUGGGAAUCAAGAGGACUUGUUUGUGAGUGGAAGGAGAAGUUUGGGUCUUUUGAUUGCAUUUCCAAGAAGUACAUCAACUUUGAAGAGGAAAGCUUAAGCCUGAAAUACGUGGGUGUUCCAGGAAUGAAUUCCAUUUGCAAAGCGUUAUGUAAGGAGCCUGGUGUGGAAAGUGUGUUUGGGACAGGUGUUGGGAGGAUGGAGUGGUUAGAUCGCGAAGGUUUGUGGUCGUUGACUGGUUUGGAUGGUAAAAAUCUCGGCUACUUUAAAGGAGUUGUGGCAUCGGACAAGAAUACAUGUUCUCCCAGAUUUACAAGUGUAACGGGACAACCCCCACCUCUUGAUUUGACUAUGGUUCCAGAUUUGGCCUUGAAGAUUAAAGAAAUUCCUGUCAGUCCAUGCUUUGCUCUCAUGCUGGCAUUUGAAGAUCAUUUGCCAGGGAUGCCAGUUAAAGGCUUCUCAAUCAAGAAUUCUAAAGUUCUCAAUUGGGCAUAUUGUGACAGCAGCAAGCCAGGCCGUUCCACCAAUAGUGAAUGCUGGGUGUUGCAUUCUACUGCUGAGUAUGCAGAGGGAGUUAUUGCCCAAACUGGACUUCAGAAACCCUCCAAUGCAACAUUGAGCAAAGUGGCUGAAGAACUACUUAGAGAAUUCGAAAGCAUCAACCAGAUUAUGCCUCAACCGCUCUUUCAGAAAGCUCAUAGAUGGGGAAGCGCGUUUCCAGCAACAAGCAUUGCAGAAGAGAGUAAAUGCCUUUGGGAUGCGGGAAAAAGACUCGCAAUCUGUGGGGACUUUUGCGUUAGUCCAAAUGUUGAAGGUGCCAUUGUCAGUGGGAUGGCUGCUGCUGCUAAAUUCGUCGAAGUCCAUAGUAGCCUAUGAGUGCUAUAUUUCCAAUCAUACAUCCAAUAGCGGUAAUCUCACUCAGCAUAUAUAUAUAUAUAUAUAUAUAUAUAUAUAUCAGCAGUUGUGUUUUAUGAUUGCAGAGUGUAUUGACAGUCUGUAUAUGCAUAGUCAUGAUCUAUAGCUUUAGCAUUCAUCUUAACAAGAAGUUGAAUGCUAGUGGUAUCUGGUCAUGAUGUUUCAUAUGGUUCUCUAGCCACAGAUUCUCCUUGCAGCAAAACAUGAAAUAUAGUUGAUUAUGUUAUUGGCAAUGUUGUUUAUGAACUUUUGGCGUGGCAAUCGUUAUACGGUGGACCAUGGUUCACGCAGCUAUGUGGACUAUGAUGAUACGCCACAAAUAUGUAUAUUGUCAAAUAAAUUUGUAGUAGAAUCAAAAUGAUACUUUAGUUUUACUAUAAUCAACCUAUUGCGUGCAUAAAAUGAAA